UUCAUUACCAACAAUUUUCAGCUUACCUCUGUCUUUGGAAGGAAACGGUGCGCGAGGAAUUUUCUUGGCGCUUCAAGACUCAGGAGGAUGAAAGUCAUCACUUGCGAAAUCGCCUGGCACAACAAGGAGCCGGUGUACAGCCUGGACUUCCAGCAUGGCACGGCCGGGAGGAUCCACAGACUGGCCUCCGCAGGGGUGGACACCGCUGUUCGGAUCUGGAAGGUAGAAAAAGGGCCAGAUGGAAAGGCCAUUGUAGAAUUUUUGUCCAAUCUUGCUCGCCAUACCAAAGCCGUCAAUGUCGUGCGUUUUUCCCCAAAUGGGGAAAUUUUAGCAUCAGGAGGAGAUGAUGCUGUCAUUCUGUUGUGGAAGGUGAAUGAUAACAAGGAGCCAGAACAGAUAGCUUUUCAGGACGAGGACGAGGCUCAGCUGAAUAAGGAGAACUGGACUGUCGUGAAAACCCUGAGGGGCCAUUUAGAAGAUGUGUAUGAUAUUUGCUGGGCAACUGACGGAAAUUUAAUGGCUUCUGCCUCUGUGGAUAACACAGCCAUCAUAUGGGACGUCGGUAAAGGACAAAAGAUCUCAAUUUUUAAUGAACAUAAAAGUUAUGUGCAAGGAGUAACCUGGGAUCCUUUGGGUCAAUAUAUUGCUACCCUGAGCUGUGACAGGAUCCUGAGGGUGUACAGCACACAGAAGAAGCGUGUGGCUUUUAAUGUUUCAAAGAUGCUGUCUGGAAUAAGUGCUGAAGGAGAGGCGAGAAGUUACCGGAUGUUUCAUGAUGACAGCAUGAAGUCGUUCUUUCGUAGACUGAGUUUUACUCCUGAUGGAUCUUUGCUCCUCACACCAGCUGGGUGUGUGGAAUCUGGUGAAAAUGUAACGAAUACCACUUAUGUUUUCUCCAGGAAAAAUCUUAAAAGGCCUCUUGCUCAUCUUCCGUGUCCUGGAAAAGCCACGCUUGCUGUUCGCUGCUGUCCGGUCUACUUUGAGUUGAGGCCGGGGCUGGAAGCAGAUGCAGACAGACCCUCACAGGAGCCAGGGAUGGAGCUGGUGAGCCUGCCCUACCGCUUGGUGUUUGCUGUGGCUUCCGAAGACUCUGUGCUCUUGUACGACACCCAGCAGCUGUUCCCUUUUGGUUACGUGUCUAAUAUACAUUACCACACCCUGAGUGACGUCUCCUGGUCCAGCGACGGGGCCUUCCUGGCCAUUUCUUCCACGGAUGGUUAUUGUUCGUUUGUGACGUUUGAGAAGGAUGAACUUGGAGUACCUUUGAAAGAGAAGCCAGUUUUGAGCAUGAGAACUCCUGAUACAGCAAAGAAAACUAAGAGUCAGACACCCCAGGGGUCUUCGCCGGGACCCAGACUGGUAGAGGGAACGCCCACCAGCAGAACCCAAGACCCCAGCAGUCCCAGUACACCACCCCCUCAGGUGAAACAGUCUCCAGCCCCCACAGCAGCCAAGGACACCCCCGCGACGGCUCCUGGUGCCAGAAGCUCCUUGUCGGGAUCUUCAGAGGAGAAGACCUUGCAGCCUAGCAGUCAAAACAUGAAGGCCCACCCAUCCCGGAGGGUCACUCUGAACACAUUGCAGGCCUGGAGCAAGACAACACCCCGGAGAAUAAACUUAAUACCCUUAAAGACAGAUACUCCACCGAAUUCUGUACCAACCAGUGUAAUUUCCACCCCUUCCACAGAAGAAAUUCAAUCAGAGAUGCCUGGAGACCCUCAGGGCAGUCCUCCGGAGGUAAAGCGGCCCAGACUCCGUGAACACAAAGACAGUACCCAGGGUCUGGACCCUUGAGGAGACCCGUCUUGUGCUUGAAGGCUGCCAGGUCUGGGGACCCCCCUGCGCACAGGGAAGGGGGUUAGGCUGAAGACACCUGAGACCAUCAGACAGAGCCUGGCGGACACUCGUAAAUUGAUCUCUGUAACAGGCGAUAUACAUGACCAGUUUUUCUCCAGAAAUAUCUGGUAUUCAGUAUACAUUUUUACCUCAGAGAUGAGAACAUUUAAUAGACUAAAUCCUCUUUUUGAUGAGUUUCUGAAACUGGAGCAGUUCCACGUUAUCUGGUGUGAAAAUCAGUAAAUCUUCCCUUGAAAUAUUUACAUGAAAGUACAGACACUUUAUGGGUGAACUUCUAACGCUGGAAUUAGAAAAUAAUUUGAGAAGGUUUAUUCUGUUGAAUUUUAGAGUGUUCGAAUGAUUACUAGGUUUAGCUUCUAAAUAGUUGAUUAAUUUUUGGAAGUUUGUUAUGUUUGCUUUCUGAUUUUAAAGGAAAUAAUGCUCAUUCUAGAAAGUUAGUAGAGUGAGGUAGAAAAAAACAGCUUGGACAUGGGA